GUUCUCAAUUUUUCUACAAAAACCAAAUCUUUAAUGAACUUCAGCCCACUUGUCGUCUUCAACGAAACCUAGUCAAACUCAGGAACCCCACCAAAUCCAAAAGCAUGUAAGAAAGCCAUCACUUCUUGUCUGCAUAUUCUUGCUUCACUGUGAAGAUCGAAGCCAAAUUCUUUUUAAUUAAAUUGGCGGCGGAUUUUUUAAUGGGCAAAAAGGGGAAAAAAGAAAAAAGAAACACCAAUUCAACUCCGAACUUUAUGUCUAUAUAACGGUCUGUUCAAGAAGGUCCAAUGGUGGGCUGGUUCUUGAAGAAACAAGCGAGCACCAUUUCUUGUUCUUGUUCUUGUUUGAAAAGUAUAUUCUUGUUUCAUGGUUGUUAAUUAGAACAUAUAUUAUAAUAGAAAUCUGUGGAGUACGUGUUGUUAUGUAGUUGGAUUCUUACAUGUGUGUGUUCAAGGUGGCGAAUCAAAGGGAGGAUUUUUACCGGGGUGAGAAUGGAGAUGAAGACGAGGUGUUUGAUGGGAGGAAUGAGUUGCUGGAGUCAUUGGUUUCCCCUAUGCUUUCUGGGAUGAAUAGGGAGCAGGAGAUGUCAGCUAUGGUAUCAGCUUUGGCUCAUGUGGUGGCCGGAGAUGUGAGUGAAGAUGCGGUGGAGGGAGUAGCUGCCGCGGGAGGCAGUGGUGCUGGUGGUGGUUCUUCUUCAUCUGCAUGCAAGAGGGGACGUGAUGAGCUGAGCAGUGGUGGUGGGGAUCAGCAGUUUUCUGAUUCAUCUGUUUCCAGAGUUUGCAGGGGAUAUAGUGAUCAUUUUUCCAUUGGAAAUCCUAGCUUGGGAGCAUCAUUGUUAGAAGCUGCAGGCGGAAGCAUGAUAAGGACAAGCAUCAUAACAUCAACAGAAUCAGCAGUCUACACCUACACUCCCACAUACCAUCAAGAAACCAGCACAGAGUCAUCAGGAGGAGCCCCAAGGAUCGGGAGACGUUAUCGAGGGGUGAGGCAGAGGCCGUGGGGCAAAUGGGCUGCGGAAAUAAGGGACCCCUACAAAGCCGCUAGGGUGUGGUUAGGCACGUUCGACACAGCUGAGGAAGCUGCCAGGGCCUACGAUGAGGCAGCCCUCCGCUUUAGAGGCAACAAAGCCAAACUCAACUUUCCUGAAAACGUGAGGCUCGUCCACCACCACUCACCGUCAUCGUCUUCAGUUCAUGAUCAUCAUCAGCAGCAGCAGCAGAUUCAAUACUAUUCUGAUCCUAGUAGAAUGGCUGCGGUAUCAACUUCAGCUGAGCCCAUUGUGCACAGCCAAGCUCAGUAUAAUAUGAAUUAUAGCUCAGGAGUUAUGACUCUUGAUGAUAUACAAAGGCAGGCAGCUAGGGAUUCAAGUAGCUUGAUAGAUGAACUAAUGCUCUAUCCUUCAGGUUUUCUUGAAUCUUAUCCAUCGCCGGCAGCUCCUUUUCCGAUGUUUUUCCCAGCUUCUCAGCCACCGGAGAGCGGUCUCCGGCAGGAGAGGAGUCAGGGUAGUGGAGGUGGAGCUGAUUUUUCUUGGAGGGAGACAAGCCAUGAUCAUACUCACCUGGAUGAUAAUUAGUGUUAUAUUUUGGAUUUUUCUUUCAGUAGCUGAAAUUAUUAGUACGUAUUUGUGUUUAUCAUUUUAAAGGGAAGGAUAAAUAAGAAAAAAGAGUUAUUGUCCCAAUCUCA